GGUCUGGACCUCGGUCGCUCUCCUCUCAGCGUCAUAGCUUGUGUCUGGGCUGAAGCGCUGCCUGACGCCUCCACGGCUCCCGUCGCUGACAGCGAUGCGGUUUCUCCGUCUCAAUAACGUGGUUCUGACGUUGGUAAACUCAGCAGGGGCUCAUGUUUAUCAGCUCAGAGACUGAGGGUUCACAGUAACUGCACAAGUUGCAGUUGUAGUUAUUUUUUUUGCUUCGUAGCAUUUUUCAACUGGAACAGGCCACUGCAUCCAUGGCUCCGCUCUGGUUUCUGUGUGUUGGGACCGUGUUCUGUCGUGUGUUCUGAUGAACGACUCUGACGCAGGUGUUGCUGAGCCGCCUCCACGUAAGUGGGACAUGAAGCAGGAGGAGGCGCGUCUCCACAUCCACGCCUGGCGUUUGAGCCGCAACCGCGCUCCCGCUCCUGCGUGAAGCCUAUUAGGAGGCGCGCGUUGCUCCCAAAGAGAGAGGAUCCUCCUGUUCAGCAGCAGCAGCAGCACAUUCAGCCUCAACACAGAAGCCACAGUCUGUUUAUUCCCUCUCAUCUCUGUCUCGACUGCAGAGGUUCAUGUCGUAGGCUUUGUGUCACGUGGCUCGUCUUUGUGUUCACAUGAACAUGUUUGUGGUGGUCUUUCUUUCAGGCACUUCCUGCCUCCACCUUCUCUGUCCUGAAUCCUCUGUUCACGGUGGACGGAGGCCUGAUUCUGCUGCCUCCACCCUGAACCCCGCUGUCCUGGCGUCGUAUGAUUGUUUCACCUCCUACUGGACCCUCACACUGUUCAUGCAGUGAACGCUAACGGCGGUCCCGUGAACAGAGGAAGCAACAUUAGCACCUGCUGUUUAACAUCGCAACUAACUCUUUGCCUGGAAUUCAGAGGAACAUCUGCCUCCUGAUAGUCGGUCUCGUGUCCUGUGCAGCAUUUCACCAGUAGCAGUUUACUGCUUCUGCAAAAGUCUUUCUAAUGCGGAUUUCUUUUCUGUGUGUUUAUGCUUGAUUCAUUAUACGUCCACAGUCGUCUCAGGGGAUGUGGAAGGAAGGGGAUAAGCAGCGAGGAAAUGAGAUUUAUUCCCACGCGCGUCGUUGUUUUUAUUCCAUUCUGUCCGUUUGAGUGUCACCGCUCUGCGACGUCUGCACAGAAAUCCGCUGGGACGUAAAGAGGGACUGUCUGCGUGUGAAACACCUGCUUUAACGCCAGUCAGAGUGAGAGGAAGCUGUUUGUCUGCCUUCGUUGUGAAGAGGACAGAGGUGGAAGGUUCCAGAAGAGCAAAUCAACGUGAACGCGACCAGAGACACGAGAGGAGGAGCUGCAGAGAGGCUCAACCUGCUCCACAGCCGCUGAUGGAGCCGUCGGAACAAAGGCUGCUGAUACGAGUGCGUCCGGUGCAGCGUAAACGGACCCGCGUGAAACCUCAUCCGGCACCGGGGGGCGGAACCGAAGGCCCGGGUCCGGAUCAGUUACAGCCGCUCACUUUCUCGUUCCCUUCAAGCUAAUGAGGACUCAGCCUUUGUUUGUGUGGCUGAAAACGCAUCCCAUAAACAGAACAUUAAUCAGCGGUUAUUAAGAUCGUCAGCGCGUGAGACUCACAUCCACACGGACGGCUGAUAAUAAAAGCUGCUGUAAUAAUGAUGAGGAUGGUUUGUGAUUAGUGGAGACGCCGCUUGUGAUGAAUCUGUCUCCGAGGAGCUGCAACCUGAGAAGCUGUGACGAAGUCACUGGGAACUUGUGCCCAGACCGAACGUGAAGCGUUUCCUGCAGAAGCGUCGGCGUGGUUUCCUUCCAGCGUCGGGCGUCCUCCUCAGUGAAAAGCACCAACACGGCGCAGACGAUGAUAAUCGCUCACAUCUGGACCUUUAUCCUGGAACUGUCAAUCAUAAAUACACACCGACACUGAGCCAGCAGACGCGGGGUUGAAUCCAAGAUGGCCUCCUCCACGCAGCCACUCCUGGCGAGCUUCUCGCUGGCCAUGCUCUUGGGCUUGACCUCCCUUCGUGGACUGAGCUCUUCGUCGCUGGGUCAGGUUCUGGCUCAAAUCUCCAGCAACAACCAGACGACAGAAUCCUCUGUGGUACCAGAGGCGGCGCUGGCCACGCCCACACCGGACACGGAGGAGCAAACCAUCCCGACCAGCGGGAACCGCUGCUGGGGAUACUACGACGUGAUGGGCCAGUGGGACCCACCGUUUAACUGCAGCGCAGGCAUCUACAUGUUCUGCUGUGGAUCCUGCUUCUACCGCUUCUGCUGCCAGUUCAAAAUCCACAGUUUGGACCAGACGUCCUGUUCCAACUAUGACACACCUGUGUGGGCCAACACCAGGCGACCUUCAGCACCGGUCACGGAGGUCCACGAGGAGCCAGACCGCGAUCGGACCCACAUGAUUGUGUAUAUUAUCUGUGGAGUCGUGGCCAUUAUGGUGCUGGUCGGGAUUUUCACCAAACUCGGGCUGGAGAAAAGUCAGGGAGGACAGACGGACAUGACCAACUCCAGGACUCUG